AAGGAACUUGACAAAUGUUAGGAAUUUGUGUCCUGUACUUCCUGUGUGCGUGAGGUCAUAUCCCAAAAGAGGUUGUUGGGUGUGUUUUUGAAAAGUAGGCUGUGGCUUUGUCACAUGGAUUAGAAGAAAUGACAGCACAGAGAGAAGAACAGUCCUUGGCCACUCGAACACUCUCCUCUUUCACAGCCACGAAAUGAACCAGCCUUCGCAAAUAACUAUUGGAUCUGCCUGGACAACAUGGUAUUUCCCAGAACAGAGAUUUAAAUGAGGACUUCAGCUGCUAAAAGAACCUCAGCCAACGCGUUCCAUCAAAACCUCAUUCCCUCAUAGCUGCUGAGAUGAUCUCUUCAGAGUCUCAAUACACUAAACUGCGAUGGAUAUGCACCGUUAUUGGACUAGUGCUUUACUUGGUGGAUGUUGGGACCGACAUUGUAUUAGGAAUUACUUAUUUUAUAGCCAGAGACUUUGUCUGGUCUGGACUCACUCUUCUUUUUAUGCUGCUUGGAGCAGUAAGCACACAGAUAUUCAGCUACGCGUGGUACAGGGACGAUAUGAGGAACGUCCUGAUCAACCCUGAUGGGAACAGUAGGAUAUCUGGAAUGUCCAAAUGUGGACUAACUCUGCUCCACUUAUCAGGCAUGGGUGUCUUCACCAGGUAUUAUCACCUGCUGAAGAAGGGUUACCGUGCUGUUUGGUCGAAACCAUCUGACAACAUUAUCGAUGAGAAGGACCAGAGACUACGACUGUUUGGUCUUGCCACCGAUCUGAGCAUGCUCAAACUGUUUGAGACUUUCUUGGAGAGUGUUCCUCAGUUGCUUCUUCAGCUCUACAUCAUUCUGGGACACGACUACAGGUCCAUCACACAGUAUGUGUCCCUGGUGGGCUCGUUUGUCAACAUCACCUGGUCCAUUGUGGACUACCGGCGCUGUCUCCGCAGAUCCCUGACCCACGUCAACGAGAUGCCCUCCGGCCUGCCCUUGGCUGUCUACAUGCUCUACAAGCUCCUGACUAUCACCUCACACAUCCUGAGCUACACCCUCCUCCUGGUGCUGAACAUCUACAGCACCAUAGCCAUGCUCAUCAUCUGGACCCUGGGGACAAUGUGGGCCUUUUGGCUCCAGACUAACUUCUGUACAUCCAAAGGUUUGGAGUAUCUCUACAGGGCUAUCGUAGGAGUCAUCCUCACCUUCACCUUCUUCAACGUUAAAGGCCAACACACUAGAUCAGCCAUGUGUGUGUACUACGUGCUUCACGUUCUGGUCAACCUGUCUGCUCCGGUGCUGCUGAUGCUGCUGCAGCCUGAGGUCAAGGACACGGAGUACUUCUGUCCCGUCACGCUGUUGAUCGAGGUAACUACCGUUCUGGGGCUGUUGUGUUUGGUGGUCUACUACACCCUCCUGCACCCCAGAGAGAACCCGCGGCAGUCUGACGAGGUGGAUGGGCAAUACAUGGAGCCGCGCUCCGUGGAGAGGAUGACUCGUUUCUUGCAGCCUUGAGUUUCGUCUCACUGUGAGUCUUUACGUAGAAGGAUUAACUGACUGCUUCAGCGGUCUGUCAACUGCUGCUAAACUCCCCUGAUGUUCCAGUUGGUGAACAGGACUUAGUGUGAAUCUGUUUCUCUAUGUUUCUUCUCAAAGUAUUAUGUUUCCUCACGUGGAUUUAGUUUGGGUUAACCCAACACCCGUUCUAAUCAGCUGACCAAGUGACAUUUUAGCUUAUUGGUUUUUCUCACGUCUGCACCACGUGACUAUUCCCAUGACUGUUCUCAUGAUUAUUCUAACGCUCUGCUGGUCAAAGUCCCCGUUUGUUUCGCAUCCUACUUUCCCAGGCUGCUACAAGGUUUACUGUCUGCAACACAUACUACCGCCACCAGGUGGCACUGUUGUCUUUGAGUAUAAUUUAUUCUGUUGCAUCCUCGCAAACUCCCUUUGUAAGUACUAACAAAGACUAAU